UCGGAAGGACGGGCGGGCGGGAGCGCGAUGGGGGGCGCCUUUGGCCUCACUCUGGCCCUCUGCCACUCCUUGGGACUCUACCUCCAGCUCGCCGCCCCCUCGCGCCCCCCGCAGUGGGACAACCAGAUCCCCGGCAACGCCUUUUUCACAGAGACCCCCCAUGACAUGACAGCUCGGGCUGGCGAGGACGUGGAGAUGGCAUGCUCCUUCCGUGGCAGCGGCUCCCCUUCCUACUCACUCGAAAUCCAGUGGUGGUACGUGCGCACUCACAAAGACUGGACAGACAAGCAGAACUGGGCUUCAAACCAGCUAAAAGCAUCUCCACAGGAAGAAGCUGGGAAGGACGCAACAAAAAUAAGCGUGGUGAAAGUGGUGGGCAGCAACAUCUCCCACAAGCUGCGGCUCUCCCGGGUCAAGACGACGGACGAGGGGACCUACGAGUGCCGGGUCAUCGACUUCAGCGACGGCAAAGCCCGGCACCACAAGGUGAAGGCCUACCUGCGGGUCGAGCCGCCGGACGAGAUCGGCGAGGCCCGCCGCCGCAGCCCCCCCACCGCCGGGCACCUGCAGGAUACCCAAGGGAUGGGGGGCCAGCUCUCUGACCACAGCAAACUGAACGGCGCCCACCCUCACCACCAGCACCAGCACCACAAGCCGGGCAAGGAGCUGAAGAAACGCUCCGUGGACGACAACGACGACGCGGCCUGCUCCCUUUAGACUGGCUGGCCUUCAGAGCCGUGGUCCUGAUUGGCCUGAGGGGGUUUCUCCCUCGUCCACUCUCCC